UUCUUUAUGAUUUUGCAUUCUUCUAACGUUUUUCGGGCAAAAUAUAUUUUUUCCACGAAAAAAAAAAAGAUUUUUCUUUGCAAAAUUGUAACAUUUCUUUUUCAAAUUUAAAGUAAAGAACGUAAAUAGUUAUUAAAUGUCUAGUGUUUAUUAAGUUUUAAAUUGUAAUUAUAAGUAACUUAUAAAAAAGCAAACAACUUUACAAAUAUCAGGUGCUUAAAAAAAGUCAUAAAUUUAACAAAAAAUUUCACCAUAAAACAAAAAAAUCGUGUUUAAGACGCAUUUCUGUUGUCUCCCUAUAUACAAUUUGUUCGAUUUAUGUAUAUUGGACACACACACAUUCUUUUUGUUAUAUUUUUUUUAUUAACAAAACGUUUAACUAAAAAGGGAGAAAAUAAAUAAAUUACCACCGAAAAAUUAAGCAGACUACAAAAACAAAUUCAACAGAAGCAGAAACAGCAGCAAUAAAAAAUUUUUUAAGCCAACUAAAUACAUAAGGGAAAGGCGCAAUUAGCGAACUGAGCAACAGCCAUUGACACGGACAGAGAGACAGACACAAAGGCAUAGAGACAACAGACAUUGUAUCGUCGUCACUUUUUGGCUAUAUGGCUGCUAAUAUGAUUAGUAACAAUAAUAAUACAAAAUCAAAAAAUGGUGGUGUUGGUGGUAUGGCCAGAGGAGGUCUAAUGUCUAACUCUUCCUCUGCUUCAAACAUUUCUACUGCCACAGCAGCCAGCUCGGUUAACCUAGUAAAUGCAACAACAGGUCGUAAUGCUGUUGUAUGUGGCAGCAGCAGUGGUGGUGGUAGUGGUAUGCCCGUACACCCUGCCAACGACGGUGUAACUAGUCUUAGUGAUUUGCGUAGCUAUUUGCAACCCAUCAAUAAUACAAUGUCCCUGCCGCCUGGUGUUUGUCCCUACGAUCACAUAAUCGAAAUGAUACGUGGUCUGGAUCUACAAGACGAUGGCAUAACCAUGAAUCACAAGAUCAAAUCAAUCGAAACAGAUUUCUGUAAUAUUGUACGUGAUGAAAAUAUGUUGUGUGAAUCAAUGGAAUAUCUAAAUGACAAAGCAUUGGAAGACGGUGAAACAGCUUUAAAAUUUGCUUUACUCUUUGCAUCACAUAAUUUUGAUGUUCUCGCCAUGAAGGAGACAAAAGUGCGAACAGCCAUGUUAACGCUGUUGCAAAAGAAUUUCGUUAAUGCUGAAAACUAUAGAUUGCAUGAUCGUGAACGUCUUUAUAAUUCUAUAACACUUUUGGGAGAAUAUUAUCAUCGUGUACGUUUGGCAGAUAAUUCGCCCAUCAACAUAUUGGGUGAGUCGUUAUUGGGUCUACUCAUACGUGAAAUUAAGGAGGAAAAGAAUGUGAACGAUGUAAAAUUGGCGAAAUUAAUAUUGUCACAAAUAACACUCAAUGGUGAUUUGAUGCGCAAUCUGCAUAAAACGGAAAUAUCACAAUUACUAUAUCACAUACGAAAGAAUCUAAUAGAGCAGCCAAAUUUGAAGCCAACCGUUAAAGCCAUUAUGUUAAUGACUUUAGAUUUAUUUUAUAGCAAUUUUGCAAGUUUAGGGUCACAAUUAGAAGUAAUGUAUACAAAAUAUUUCAUUAUGGAGGACGAUGACGAGGGUAACAAUAAUCAAAAUUCAAAUCAACAAACACCCUCGUCGCAAGCUAAUUCUCAUCAUGCGCAACAGCAACAAAAUCAAACCAACAAUAGUCCCCAGCAUCAACAACAACAACAACCAAAUUUUACCUGCCCUUCAACUCAACUACAACAGCAGCAAAAUAGUUACGAUGAAGUUCCCCUGCCUUCGUCGUCGAAUAAUACCAGUUAUGAAAAUGGUGAUUCUGGUAAUGUUAACGACAACACCGAAGAUGAUCCCGACAGCUAUAAGAAGUGGAGCGAACAAGUUUGUGAGGAUUCUUUUGAGGAGUAUAACGGUGUCGAAAGUGAAUUAAACUUGAGCAGCAGUGGUGGUAAUCAAGAUCAAUUGAACAGAAGCUUUGGUGAUGUACGUGAUCGUCAGCAUUCUUCUAAUAGGAGUUAUGAUAAUGACAGCGAUAGACAGAGUCGCAACUCAAGACGCUCAUUUCAACCCAGACAAUCACCAAGACCACUUAAACAAAACUUCAAUAGCAAUGAACCGUUACAGAAUAGUCGCGAUUCUCAAAAUAGCGGUAAUGAAGAACGUGACGAAUCAAAACCUUUGCCACGUUGGCGAGCUCCCAGAUUUAAUCGUGACGAUCAAAAUAAAGACAAUCGAUCGCGCAAUGCUCAAAGACGUUUUAGUGCCAGUUUUGACGAUGAUCGUCAAAGUAUACGCAGUGAUGGUGGCAGUAUACGCCUCUACAGCAUUAAUGAUCGCCUGAAACAUGCUCAGGAGAAAAUUGAACGUUCUGGCAAUCAGUCAUCGUAUACGGGUAUAGCGAAUUCCAAUUGGGAUCGACAAUCACAACGGGACGAUCGCAGUGAACGUUCCUACAUGAGCAACUAUGAGCGUGGCAAUAACCAUCGUAGAGGUGGUGGUAGACACUAUAAUAAUAGGCCCACUUACGAUAAGCCACCACGUUUUCAGAAGAAUAAUAAAAAUGCUAAAGAUAAAAAUUCAGAUACCUGGAGAAGUUCAAAUAGUAAUUUACAAUAUGUGGAUGAAAAUUCUUCAUACAACACAAAUGGACCCGAGUCAAAUAGUCGCAGCUCCUCAAGAGCACGCACCUUGCCCAGACCGGCCAAGUCUAGAAUUGAUGGCAACAAUCAAAGCAAUAACUAUAGACGCAGUCAAAGUCCCAACAGUUAUCAGCAGCGCGGUGGUGGUGGCAAUCAUCAUCAACAUCAUAAUCAGCAUCAAAAUAAAAAUCGAUCACACAAAUUCGGUAGCCGUUAUAGUAGUCAAAGCAGUUUGGCCAGUGAUGCUUCCAGCACUUUAGAUCGUCGCCACCAUCAAAGAAAUCGUUCAUUUUCCCGACGUACAUCUUCGCAACAGCAACAAGAUCUUCCCAAUGAUAUUCAGCAUUGGAAUGACAAGGAUACAAAUAGUGAAUUGUGAAUUUUUUGGAAGAUAAGGCAAAGAUAAAGAAUGUAUUCCUUUCAAUGUCUGCUCUAGUAAAAAUUUAACUAAAAACCAAUAGAUACUCUGUGGUAUACAAAUUUUAUGUGUUAAAAAACAAAACAAAAAAGAAAAAAACAAAAGAAAAUGGUAUUUGAACAUUUUUUUUAAAUUAAACAAAAGAUCUGAACAUUAAAAGCUACAAAGUUAAACAUAUAAAACAUUUAAAAAAAUAAACAUUUAUUAUCAUUUAUAAAUUACAAAACUACUAACCAUUCAACAACAACCCCUUUAUAACCCUUUUCCUUUUACUUAAUACUAUUUUAGAAUUUACAAUUAUUGUUAACAAAUUUGCUUCUUUUUAUUUGUUAACUAUUUUGAUUUGAACACUUAUUUUUAGUUUAUUUUAAUUAAAUAAAAAAAAUUGUAUAAAAAAACUAUUUAAAACAAAUAAUUGGCCAUUCUAAAUGGUUUGUUGCUAACAGAAAUAAAAUUACAAAUUAUAUAGUAAUAUAGAUUUAGAAAAAUAUAACAAAAUUUCCGCCGGAGCUCAGGUUUUUAAGAAAACAACAACAACAAUUAUUUAAAUCAGAAAUUAUAAACUGCCUUUUAGCUCAAACUCAAAUUAAAACAAAAAGUAAUAAAUAAAAAUUAACAAUUUGUUACAAAAAGUUUUAACCAACCACCUUUAAAUUAAAUAAAUAAAUACAUAGUUAAUUCAGUUGCCAUUUUGUUUAUUGUUUUUUACAAAUUAAUAAUUAUCAUAUAUGUAUCCGCCAUUUUCUAUUCUAUGUGUCUAAUAUCCAAUAUCCCCAUUUACCCCUCUCCGCAUAAUAUAUCAUUGUAUAUAGACUUUAUGUAUGUAUGCUCCAUUUAUCAUUAUAAUUAUAUUUAAUAAUAUUAAUAUCUUUUUUUUUUUUUUGUUUUCAAUUAUGUUUUAUUUUUUUACUUAAAUUUUAUUGUUUAAUAAAUAAGACAAAACAUGUUUCUUUCUUCUUUGUAUGUUUAUUAAGAUUGUUUAAAAAUAAAACAUGAUUAUUUUAAAUAAAUGUAUUUUAAUUUUA